CUCAACAACAAUAAACGAUCCACACAAACACACAAAAUGCUUGCAGUUUUUGACAAAUCUGUAGCCAAGAGUCCAGAGGGUCUUCAGAGCCCUCAAUCAAACUCUGUUUCAGCACUCAAAGAUGCAUUUUUGGCUCAACAUUUUGCCUCUGUUCACCCUGCUUCCGUUACCAUUAACCUUGCCUCUUCGGGUCUAUUGGCCUAUUCUCUUGAUAAACGUAAUCCACUGCUCCCAAGGCUGUUUGCAGUUGUGGAUGACAUCUUCUGCUUGUUUCAAGGCCACAUUGAGAAUGUUGCUAAUCUUAAGCAACAAUAUGGAUUGAACAAAGCAGCAAAUGAGGUGAUCAUUAUCAUAGAGGCUUACAGGACUCUAAGAGAUCGCGGUCCCUAUCCUGCUGAUCAGGUUGUGAAAGAUUUCCAAGGCAAAUUUGCAUUUAUCCUGUUUGAUAGUGGUUCUAAAACUGCAUUUGCUGCUGCUGAUUGUGAUGGGAGUGUUCCCUUCUUCUGGGGAACUGAUGCUGAUGGAAAUCUUGUUCUUUCAGAUGAGAUACAGGUUGUAACUAAGAGCUGUGGAAAAUCUUCUGCACCAUUCCCUAAAGGGUGCUUCUUUACAACAUCUGGAGGUUUGAGGAGUUUUGAGCAUCCCCUAAAUGAGUUGAAGCCUGUACCAAGGGUUGACAGUUCUGGUGAGGUGUGUGGUGCAACUUUCAAGGUGGAUGCUGAAUCUAAGAAGGAAACAACUGGCAUGCCAAGAGUUGGGAGUGCUGCUAACUGGUCUUCUAAUUACUGAUUGCAACACUAGCUUGAUUGAACUAAGGCUUUUAUAUAGCUGGACUUGGUUGAAUUUUCCAGCUUUAUGCAUCAUCUGUUCCUUUCAUUGGACAACUUUGAUUCUCUAGCGAGUGCUUAGCUUUUAUGUUACUUGCUGAGUAGAGACAUGAUUUCAUGAAACUAUACAAGUUGGUUGCAAUCAAAUACUAAGUUGAUACUUUCUUGGCACAUAUCAUGUAAUAAUAUCAACUUGCGUACUAUUUG